AUGACGCCUCCUUCUAGCCCGCAGACCUGCAACCAGAGGCCACAAGUCAAGCACGACCACUCACCUGUGCGCCGUGGCACGGGGCGGCGGCGACGACGGGGUGAGCUGCCAGCCGGCCACACCUUGGCCUCGCCGUCGAGGAUGCCAAAGUUGUGCCGCGAGCUCCUCCACGCCGGCAGCGGCCUCGUGCGGAGGCUCGGUGAUGACUGCCGCCUCGGAGUGGAUGUCCUCCAGCUCCAGUACUUGCAUAGGUCCUCCACCACCCGCUUGCCCUUUCUAGAUCUAGAUCCGAGAGCCAAAGGAGAGGGGGUCUCCACGCUGCCACCUGAAUCACCGUGGUCCCAACUGGAUCUGCCCCUUGUCGAUGGGAAGGUGGAGGGGGAAACGGUGGGAAGGUGA